AAGACACAGUAGAACAAUUCUUAUUAUACAUUUCUCAGGAGCCAGCGUCAUGACCUAUGAUAGCCUCUGUAUUUAAUUAUAUGAAAGACAGAUUAUCGCAUACUCAACGCUACUCAAUUGCUCAAUAUUCGUUGUCCCACGAAGACUCGUUUCGUAUUACAAUGUUAAUAAAACAUUUAAUAUUUGCUGCCAGUUUUUGUGUUGUUCACGCAUACUUCACUUUACCAGGAAAAUGUCCGGCAGAUGUUCAAUUACAACAGGAAUUCAGAUUGGCUGAUUUCUUCGGUAAAUGGUAUCAAGCUUAUCACUAUUCCAGCGAUGAACAGCAGCAGAAUAAUUGCUCGGUCCUAGAGCUUCAGACCAAGCCCAGCGGCAUAUACCUGAACCAGUCAAGGAUAGAUAGGGGCUUGUUUCACCGUUAUAGUAUCGCUAAAUUGGAGAUACCGUCGAAUUUAGAAGACGCUGCUAAAUUAAAUGUCAAGUUUUUCUUCGAAAACGCUCCUAGGAGACUGAGGAUAAGAAGAUAUCCAUUUUCCGUUUUGGCCACUAAUUACCAAUAUUACGCUACCGUCUACACGUGUCAGUACAGUCCACUAACAGAUAAGCAUUUUAUCUACAUCUGGAUUUUAUCAAGGAAUCCAAUCUUGAACGAUGUGUCGAAAGAAUUAGCUACGAAGCCACUAAGUCAACUUGGCAUUGACGUAACGAAGAUCAAGAAAGACGAUCUUACUAGAUGCACUCCGAAAUAUUAUGAAGAUUCCCAAACUGAACCAAUGACCUUUAGAUAUCCUGUACCAGUAUAGAUAAUACAUCUUUGUCAAACGUACAAAUAAAAGAAAGGGUGAAUAAAUCAUUUAAAUCCAUUAAAAAUUUUAUUGAAGUGAUA